CCGAGGAGAGGACGUAGAUUCUGCCUCGGCGUCGUUGUUUGGUUUUGCGAUGUGAAACAAAAUCCAGUUAUUGUAGUGUGUGUUUCUUGUUUCUAGUGAACUUAGUGACUGUGCCUCAAACCAUGGAUACUAACACGAUCAUCGAAGGGACAGUCAAGUUCCGCGAUGGAAAAAAGUGGAAGUCUCGCUGGUGCGUUGUACGGAAGCUCUCUCCAGUUGCAGAUUGCGUUCACCUGCAGCUCUACAGGGAUUGCAAGGAAAGAUACAAGCAAGGGCAGACCAAAGCUUCCCUAUCCCUGGAGAACUUCCUAGGAGUACAGUCAGGUUUCACACUGGACAAGGAGUCUAACACACUGGCUAUCAUCUGUCAGGAGCUGACUGUAGUUCUGGCGUUUGACACCAGGGAACAUCUGAUGCAGUGGCAGGUCAAGAUCACAUCAAACCUUGGGGAAGGUGACCAAUGGCUGGUGCAGAUAUGUUCAGCCCCAGCCAAGGCCAAGCUACCCCCGGGCCCCGCCAGGCUACUUCUACAGGAGUACCAGUUCUGCCUCACUGUAGGGGUGCCUCCACGACUGAUCAACUUCUGGCAGAUCAGUCAACUCAGGAAGUUUGGAGUGAUCGAAGGCAAGUUCUGUUUUGAAGGAGGUUCUCGCUGUGGCCGAGGUGAGGGUUUGUACAUUCUUGUGUCUGAAAGACCCGAGGAUCUAGCCCGAGCCUUUCACCUGGCAGCCGACGGCAAACUGUUCACCAACAAGAGAUCUCUCUCUAGAAACUCAUCAGUGAUGGACAAGUCUCGGAAGCACCACACCCUGAGACCGGACUCCAGAAUGUCCGAUGGCAGCAGUCUGGAGUCUACCCUGGAGUCUCCAGCAGGAUGUAAUGGUUCUCACAGCAGAGAGGACCUGCUGUCCUGGAGUCAACAUCCCAUGUGUGACCUAGGAGACACUGUGUCUAACAGUGACAGCGCUCAUAGGUUUGAUCUGAAGUCUCUGUGGACACCGGAAACGCCGAUGGCGAGGUGUACAAGCUGCAUGAGUAAGUUAGGCAGCAUGUCAAGGUCCUCCACCCUCACACAUACCCCAGCUGGCUUCCCUGCCUGGACAAUGGACCGACCAAAAAGUUACGGGUCGCAGAAGGUGAGCCCUAGUGUGACUUGUAGCUGCAGCAGUGUGUCCUUGUCAUCUCACAGCUCCAGAGGCAGCAGACACUCGUCUUCAGCAACAGCUGAUUGCCAUCCCCUGUGUUCAGCCAAUGGCAACAUGUGUCCGUGUGCAUCAAAGGAUCACGCUCAGGCUCCCCCCCUCCGCCCUCCCAAACCUCCUCACCUCAGUUUCCUGCGGCUCCAGUCUACACCUUCCUCUACAACCUCUGACUGUCCCUCCCCCCUCUCUUCUCUUCGUCUGUCUCUCUCCCCUUCCCCCUCAUGCUGCUGUGGUCACCAGGGAGGUGCUUUGAGUCCUUUUGGAAACUACGAUGUUCCUAAGCCUUUAAAUGUGCAACGAAGACUAAAGCUCAAUUUUAACAACUCGCCUGUCAAAACUCUUUCCCAGUCAAGUGAUGAGUUUUAUGACACACCAAGGAAGCUAAAGGACAGUUUGAUAUGGGAAUAUGGAAACUACGAUGUACCCCCACCAGCCCAGCCGCUUAGUCCAGAAAGUGUCAAAAGGGAAAGUUUGGAUGAAUCACAAAUCAACAACGACAGUAGGGAUCCGGACCAGUCAAAUGAAGACACAUUACCUUUCCAUAUAAAUAAGGUGAAAUUAACAGGUCAAGGAAGAAUGCCAGUCAUGAGUCCAUGUGGAAAAAUAAUUGAAAAACCAGAACCAAGCUAUGAAGAAAAAUUAGAUCAGCUAUUAGAGAAUGAUCAUCUUUCUUCAGACGUAACCAUGUCCAGCAACAACUACAUGAACGUUGACAGCAGCCAAAACAACAAUCCUGAGAAACAAAACAUACCCGAGGAAAAUAUGCCUAACAAUAACGUUUAUGAUCCUGAACAAAACUACACCAACAUAGCAGUUGUCCAGUCUCUACAAAAUUAUGAAAACAUAUUAUGCUUCCUUCCAGAAGACACAAAAACCAAUUCAUUAGACCAAUCCACAAAUGGCCACUUGGAAAACAAGGUUGAUAGUGAAGAAAAGAAAAACAACGACCCAAGUGAAACAAACCAGUUGUGCUGCUCAAACUGUGGACAUGUUUGUUCAAAAACUAUUAAAAAUCAAAGUUUGAAUGACAGGUUUGCAUUUCAACCAGCAAACAGCAACACUCUAGGAAAAUCUAAAAACGAGAACCACCUGGAUUUUUUAAGCAAUAAAUACAACAGCACAUCAUGUUUACAAGAAGGAAAUCUUGACUCACACUAUUGUUGUGAGAAAAGCACUUCUGAAGACAAAGCUGCAAGAUUAAAGUCUCUUUUGAAGUGUUCCGUGUCAGCAUCAAACAGUCCUCAGCUGAAGAGGCCACCAGCAAAUGUUAGUGAGGCAGAUGUCUUGGAUAAGUUUCACUUGCUGAGUCUCAGGAAGAGAUCAAAUUCAGCAGAUUCUACAAGGUUCCACGUUGACGAAGAGUCAGUUAACGAUACUGCUUCUACAGAUGGUCCUGGUAAAUCCUACUUCCUCAGUAACCCUUCGUCUUCAGACUCCCUGUGUGUUGCAGACAAGCUGGAUUCCCCUUGUAAAAGAAAAGACAUUAUUGUUAACAAAUGUGAAUUAAAGCUAGCCCCUUUAGUGAUAACAGAAAAUACUGACAUUCUAGAAACAUCGAGUGAAAAAUGUACCAAGAGAUGCGCAAGAAGGUCUUCCAGUGUUCCUAACAAAUUCUUUAGCAACAGAGAUUCGUCCAGUUCAAAUGAUUCAGGCGUUUCAACAGGAUCACUCUCCUUGAAACAUUUUGGCGCAGAGUUUUUAGAAUUUGAAAUGCCACUUACUACAAGUAUGUCUUCAAAAAGGCAUCAUAUUGCCAUGCUUAACCACAACGGUGAUGUAACAAAACCCAAGAUGUUACCAAAAAGAUCAAAAUCUGUUGACCCGAUGAGAGAGCUCACUUUUACAUUUGAUGAUAGAGAGCAUCAGUCAGCGAAGUCUACGUCUGCAGAGGCUGAAGUGCCAGUCUUCUUGAAUGAAAGUGGUGAAAAGGAUUACCUGAGUCCACUAAGAGCUACAACAUAUCUGCAUGACUCUAGGAGUACGAGCAGUGCAACUUCAGACAUCUCAGAUUAUAUCGAGACUUUGUCUUACUCCUCAUACAGUUCCUUAGACCCUCCUGACAAUCUACGAAAUGGGAAAGCAAUGGCCUUAACUUUGAAACCACGUUCAGGAAAAGAGUAUCAGCAGAUUGAUAGAAACCUCCUGGACCAAGUAUCAAAGUCGUAGGAGGAAGGGAGAACACACUUGGUGCCUUCAAGCUUAUAAAGAAAUUUUGAUCUUGAGCUACAACUAUAGUACAACUUGCAAAAGAGAUUCUAGGUGCUAAACCAGGAUGAUCCAUAACUAAUAACCUUAUUCCUCUGUAGUUAGCUGUAUUUUUGUGUGGAUUGUGUACAUAAAAAAAGUUUAAUACAGCAGAUUUGACGGUUGAGACAGAAAAAAGAUGCACAUUCAAAAUGUGUUCCCUGUAGUUCAAAAAGUAUUUCCAUCAAUCAGGUUUAAACUUUGUAUAUUUUUGUCUUUCUCUUGAAAAAGAGAAUAGAACAAAAUUAAAUCAAGCUUAUUUUUAUAUUUAUUUUAUAUUGUUGACAUACUUGAAAGAAGUUUUGCGAGUAUUUUUCUGAUCCCCUGAAAUAAGGGAUAUAUCUCGUACAAGUCUAAUUGAACAAUUCAAUUGAAAUUCUACUCUAGAACUAAAAGAAGUGAUUUGUUCCUUGGCCAGAUAUUGUUAUUUGUCUCUUAACAGACUUUAAAAAUGUGCUAUUUUUAAAUCUAUGUUGAUUUCUGUUCAGAAAGUAAGCUCUAAGGAGGUACUUGAAACAGUGCCACAGAGUUGUUAAUUUUUUUAAGGAGGCUAGUUUUAAAAACUCUUCUUUUAAGUGGCUUCUACUCAAUGUUGGGAUAUUAAGUUGGUUUAUUAGUGUAAAGAAACGAGGAAAAUAUACAAAUUUUGAUUGGUUUAUUAUAAAAGAGAAAUGUGUGCAAGAAAUGUCUCUCCAAUCCAUCUUGGUUGAAUGUAUUACAUAGAAUUAUUUCUUUUCUCAUAAGUAAGGAAGGAGUUUAAGACAUCAUCAUAAGUUAUAGCCACAUAGUUCUAAAUUUUGAAUCCUACUAAUGGGCCUUAAUAAUAGGAUUGACUAUUUUUUCUUCCAAAACGGAGAAUACUUUCUGAACAUUUUGCUUGUUUGGUUUUCUAAGUAUUUAAACAGCCUACAAAAUUAAUAUUGUAAUUGUAAACUUACCAUUUAAAAUAAGGAUUUUACAAACUGUACAAUUUUUAAUUUAGUUUUGUAUGUGAAAAGUCUUGUAAUUUUAAAAGUAAAUUCUAAAUAUGUAAGGGAUUUUCAGAAGGUAUACUUUAUGUGUAUGGUAUUGUAUUCAAAUGUAUACAAACGCUUAAAAUUAGAAACUACUGUAAAUAUGUAAAAUAUUUAAGCCUAUUGUAUAACUUUACAGAGCUUAUAUCAUAAAUUUUAAAUAAUAAAAUUAUAUUUGUUGUAGUUAUACUGCACUGUGUAUAUAUUUUAGAUGAACGAAAUUAUAGCUGUUUGUGGUAGUGAUCAUGAAUAGAAACAAUGUAUUAUUUACAUACAUUACCAAGAUUGUUUAAAAACUAAGGUUGAAACUACAUUAAAAUAAACUAUUUUGUCAUACCAACUAAAACUAGUGUAGCUAAAUUUGAUCAAAAGUGUCAAAUUUCACAGUAUUGAAACAACAUUAAAAAUAUACAAAUGGUGGUAAGAAUACUGAAGUAAGCAAAUUUCUAAAAUUUAAUAACUUUCCUAAUUUAUUAAAUUACAGUAGACUUCCUCAUAUCCGAACUCCUUGGGACUGAGGCCAAUGCAGAUAACGGUUUUUCGGGUUAAACAGAUACCUGAAAUUUCACACAAAAAAGCCGUAACUAUAAAUGUGCACACCACAGAAAUCACUCGAAAACUAACAAAAAAAUGUUAAUUAAAUUUAUGAGAGAUCUGUAUUUACUCACAUGAUCACUGGUCUCAAAUAUUUCUCACGAGACAAGUCGUUUCAAUACAGGGCCGUCCGAAGGGGGGGCAAGCUGCCCCGGGCGUCGUGGCUGAGGGGGCGCCGCGCAGCGGCUAUUUGUGUGUAUUAACAUAGUAUUAAAAUGGGAAUGCUACACUUACUGGUGGGGAGUGGGCGCCACAACCACGUUUGCUCCGGGCGCCGCCAACCCUAGGGACUGCCCUGUUUCAAUACCAGUACCCCCCCACUUCCUGCCGGUCCAGCCCGGUUAAACCAGUGUGCUUAUAAAUAUUAUAUGGAUAAAUAUAGUUACUUCUGCUGAGUAUAGUCUUUUUAAACCGAUGUCCAGUUAAAAAGUGUUCCGGAUAAGAGAGAGUUUACUGUAAGAAGAUUACUGCAUUAAAUUCAAUGUACUUAAUAAUAUACAUUUUUUAUGUGUAUUCAUCUCUAAUUGUAAAUUUUCCUUCAAUCAUUGAUUUCCCAACUAAUAUUCUGUUAUCAUUUAUUAACUUUUCAGGCUUCCAAUUUUAAAAUUAGGAACAAAUAUUUAUUUAUUUAUUAGUGUUGUAAAACAAAAUUAGGUUGGAAGGAUUUUUGAAUAGGUACCGUACUUAAUAUUUGAGAUUUGACUGUAACUUUAGUCAUUUGGAUUCAGUUACCAAGUUUGUAAGGAUGGAUGGUCGGUUGUGCUAGUCUUAGAGUUCAGAAAUUGUAUGCAUUGUAUUUCGCAACACAAUCAUUAUAUUUAGAUUUAUAUACAAUAAAAGAUUUGAUUUUA